AUGACCGACUACAGAGCUGAGGAUCGGGAUGGCCUUCCCCCUAUCGGCUUUAUCGCCGUAGAGUGUUUCUUCUACCGACCCGCUGGUGAUGCCUUCAGUGAACUCACAUGGAAUUUCCCUAUCAUUCGAGAGCUCGCCAAUGGCUCCAAGGAAGGCGCGCUUGUGUCCAAGGACGACUAUAAUGACGAGUUCAUUGAGAGUUUUGUCGCUGCUGGCAAGAGACUAGCCGACAGAGGCGCUUGCGGUAUCAUCACCAGCUGUGGCUUUCUCGCCAUGGUCCAACCAUUGCUUGCGGCGAGACUGCCCAUCCCUGUUGCCACCUCCUCUCUGCUUCAAAUCCCUUCCAUCCUCGCCUGGCUUGCGCCGGAUGAGAAGAUCGGCAUCAUCACCUAUAAUGCUGCUGAACUCGGACCACUCCACUUUGAGCGCCUCGGAAUUCCUGAGCAAAAUGCUGCGCGCUGCUACAUCCGCGGUGCACCUGACGGAGGGCACUUGCAGCGGCUGGUACGCAUGCAGAGCCCGUACAGCUUCGAUGCCAUUGAGACUGAAUUAGUCGAUGCUGCAAAAAGCCUUGUUGCGGACCACCCUGACGUCGGAGCCAUUGUGCUUGAGUGCACCCAGAUGCCUCCCUUUGGCCAGUCGGUACAAGAAGCAGUCAACCUGCCCGUGUAUGACGUUUUCACCAUGGCGAGCUGGUUUUACUCGGGGGUUGUCAGGAGACGCCAGGCCCACUGGAAAGACCUGGACAGCCAGCGAACGGGUCCUAUGGUUGAAAGAAAUAUCAUGUAG